UUUUUCAGAUUUCCUUCAGAGAAGCUCUAGAGAUUUAUCCAAACAUGUGAAAGUUGUGUGUGAUGGGACUGACUUGACUUCUAAGAUUCAAGAGCUGAAAUUUCAAUGUAUAGUAUUUUUAAACAUACCCAGGCUGCUCUUCAAGUAGGAGGUCAUGGAGAGAGGUUGCAUCAGUGUCGAGAAGUGACUCUACUGACGUAUAAGUCCAUCCCAAUGCAAGUGGAUGGGGAACCAUGUCGGCUGGCUCCAUCGCUCAUCCGAAUCUCCCUUAGGAAUCAGGCCAAUAUGAUGCAGAAAAGCAAGAGAAGAACAUCCAUGCCUUUGCUCAAUGACAUCCAAAAAGUGCCACCCGCCGACCUGAGGAGAGUUUCGGCUCCCCCUGAUUCUUUCACCAUCCCCCACGCCAUCCUGGAUCGUCUACGAAUCAGAGUGAAUAGGAUUAGCUUGCAAGAUUACGAGGGACUGCAUUAUGACAAGGAAAAACUCCGGGAAGUUUCUAUUCCACUGGGAAUUAUAGUCGUCCGGGGAGAUUGUGACUUGGAGACUUGUCGCAUCUAUGUGGAUCGCUUGGAGGAGGAUUUGCAGUCUGUAUCUUCAUCAACACAAAGAGUCCACUACCAGGACCAGGAAAGCUCAUUCCCAAGAGUAUUGUCUGUUCAGAAACUAUCCCCUAGAUGGUGCUUCCUAGAUGCAACUUCUGCUGACCGCUUUUACCGCAUCGACAGAACUCAGGAACAUUUGCACUUUGUGACAGAAAUAUCACAGGAUGAGAUUUUUAUCCUGGAUCCAGAAUUGGGGGCAGCUCAACCAGCAGGGACACCUCCAGGAAUGCCUGACCUGGUGGUAGAGCAGGCUUCUGGAAUGUCUGAUCGGUGGAAUCCUGCUAUUCGAAAGCGCAUGUUGAGUGACAGCGGUUUGGGGAAGAUGUCCCCUCAUUAUGAAGUCCCUGAGAAACAAAAGGAGGCCAGCCAGGCUCACCUGCUACA